AUGGCCGACUCCUCUGACAUUCAGCCAUUCAAGGUCGACAUUCCCAAGGAGGAAGUCGAUCGCCUCAAGCGUAAAUUGAAAGACACUCGACUUCCGCCGAAAGAAAUAGUGCCCAACGCUGGCACCAAGUAUGGUCCUACUUAUGAAUGGUGCAAGAAUCUUUACGACGCCUGGGUAAAUGAUUUCGACUGGUAUCCAAUUCAAGAUCAAAUCAACUCUGCACCGCACUACAUCGCCAAGAUCGAGGAUGUCAAGAUUCACUUCGUACACGCCCGUUCGAAACGCGAAGAUGCUAUCCCAUUGAUCAUGGUCCACGGCUGGCCAGGCAGUUUCUACGAAUUCAAUCAAUGUUGGGGACCACUUUCGAACCCCGAGGACCCAAAUGAGCAAGCGUUCCAUGUAGUCGUGCCCUCAAUGCCUGGAUACUGCUUCUCCGACUGGCCACCGAAAGCAGGAUGGAAUCUGCAAGAUAAUGCUCGAAUCUUCGACGCUCUUAUGAAGAAGCUCGGCUACUCUCAAUAUAUGAUCCAGACCGGAGACUGGGGCCACUGGGUCGGUCGCGAGCUCGGAUCGAAGUACACCGAUUCAUGCAAAUUGGUGCAUUUCAACUUCGCCCCGUCUCCUCUCCCCGAAGGCGUGGAAUAUACGAAACGUGAACAAGACGUCAAAGAUCGAGUCGACGACUGGUUGGAGAACCACAUGGGCUAUGCUGUCUGCAUGCGAACACGACCACACACUAUUGGCUUCGGCUUCAAUGACAACCCGAUGGGCAUACUGACAUGGGUCGGCGAGAAGUAUAACGAAGCUGCAGAUCCUGAGAAGCAGAAACGCAGAUACUGGACGCAAUGUAUCCUUGCCACUGCCAGCUUGUACUACUUUACGGACUGCAUCAUGCCUAGUAUGCUCUGCUACUACGAGAACGUUCGGCAUGAGAAUUUUGCGAACUUUGCAAUGGAAGAGCAUAACCGCAUCACUGUACCUUUCGGCUACACUUCUUUCUACUGGGAUACCGAGCCAAGUUCAAAGCGAGCUGUGGAGCGAACGGGCAAUCUUGUAUUUUACAAAGAACGAAAUGACGGCGGUCACUACGCGGCUCUUGAAGACCCACAAGGCAUCAUGGAGGAUGUCCGAGCACUUGCUGCUCAGGAGUGGAAGGGAACGCAAAGCAAGUGAAUGACAAAGCAUCGCUAAAUCGACAGCGUGAGAAGAAGAAAACACAUAAUAUACGCGCUUUUCACAUGAGCAACACUGAAAUCCAAAAGAAGUAGGUCAUCAAAAUUUCAGUUCAAC